CAAACUUGGACGCGCACUGAAAAUAAUGUUGUUUCCCGCGGAGGCGAAGGGCCCCGUCACCGAGCCCGACCCCCGGGACGCGCGCUAGGCUCCGGUCCGUGCGUUCAGUGCAGCCCUGAGCGACUUGUUGCGGGACCGGCGGUGGCCAUGAUGGCCGGCAGCGGCUGAGGCGCUGCGCUCCGGUCAGUGACAGCCUGCAGACGGCAGGGAGAGCUGUGCAGCGACCGCUCCACUCCGCUCCGUCCCGGCAUGAGCGCUUCCAGCGACUGAGGAGAGAUCAGGGAGCUGCGGACUGUCGCGAGCCACAGUAAUUUGGACUCAGUGUGUGUGGCGCAUCACAGCCAGAGAAGCGAUGGAGGCCUCACAGGACCUCAACGAACAGAUGGUGAAGAAAUCACACAGUGAAUCUCAUGUUCCAGACCCUUCAGACACCAGGUCUAUGGAAAUGCAGGACCUAGCCAGUCCUCAUAACCGCGUGGGAGGUGGAGAUUCGACAGGCUCGAAGCUGGACAAGAGCAACCUCGGCAGCCCCUCCAUCACCACCAAUGGCACGGGAGGUGAGAGCAUGACCGUUCUAAACACGGCUGAUUGGCUGCUGGGCUGCAGCAGCCCGCCCCCUGCCCAAGGCUCCAAGGACUAUGUGAAAACAGAGCCUAUGAACAACAGUGAAACAGUCACUACGACGGGCGACACGGCGCUGGACACAUACGCAGGCUCAGUGAUCACCAGCAGCGGGUACAGCCCCCGUUCGGCCCACCAGUACUCUCCUCCCCUCUACCCAUCAAAGCCCUACCCUCACAUCCUCUCCACGCCGGCAGCUCCUCCCAUGCCGGCGUACGCCGGGCAGCCUCAGUUCAGCAGCAUGCAGCAGUCCACCGUGUACACCGCCUACUCCCAGACGGGGCAGGCGUACGGACUCUCCACCUAUGACCUCGGUGUGAUGCUCCCAGGCAUUAAGACGGAGGGCGGCCUGGCCCAGAGCCAGUCCCCCCUGCAGACGGGGCUCAGCUACAGCCCCGGCUUCACCACGCCGCAGCCUGGACAGACUGCCUACUCACCCUAUCAGAUGCCAGGUUCAAGCUUCACCCCUUCCUCAGGCCUCUAUGCCACCAAUAACUCAGUGUCCAACCCCGCCAACUACACUGCCACACAGCAGGAUUAUCCAUCGUAUACGUUUGGCCAAAACCAGUAUGCCCAGUAUUAUUCCGCUUCCACCUACGGGCCAUAUAUGACCUCCAACAACGUGGACGGCACGGGCUCCACGGCGGCCUACCAGCUGCAGGACCCCGCCCCCGCCAUGACCGGCCAGGCUGCGGAGCUUCACCCAGGGGACUUUGAUACAGUCCAGAGCCCUUCCACGCCCAUCAAAGAGCUCGAUGACCGAGCCUGCCGGAGUGGGGGGUCCAAGUCUCGGGGCAGGGGCCGCAAAAACAACCCCUCCCCUCCCCCUGAUAGUGACCUGGAGAGGGUGUUCGUGUGGGAUCUGGAUGAGACCAUCAUCGUCUUCCAUUCUCUGCUCACAGGCUCAUAUGCACAGAAAUAUGGAAAGGACCCUCCCAUGGCCGUCACGCUGGGCCUCAGGAUGGAAGAGAUGAUCUUCAACCUGGCCGAUACACACUUGUUCUUUAAUGACUUGGAGGAGUGUGAUCAGGUACAUAUUGAUGAUGUCUCAUCAGACGACAAUGGUCAGGACUUAAGUACUUACAGUUUUGCAACUGAUGGCUUCCAUGCAGCUGCAACCAGCGCCAACCUUUGCUUGGCCACGGGGGUCCGCGGCGGCGUCGACUGGAUGAGGAAACUGGCCUUCCGCUACCGACGAGUCAAAGAGUUGUAUAGCACGUACAAAAACAAUGUGGGGGGCCUGCUGGGUCCCGCCAAGAGAGACGCCUGGCUGCAGCUCCGAGCAGAGGUGGAGGCUCUGACUGACUCCUGGCUCACCCACGCACUCAAGUCCCUGUCCAUCAUCAGCUCCAGGAGUAACUGUGUAAACGUGUUGGUGACCACGACGCAGCUCAUACCGGCGCUGGCGAAAGUUCUCCUAUAUAGUUUGGGAUCCGUUUUCCCCAUCGAAAACAUUUACAGUGCAACAAAAAUAGGAAAAGAGAGUUGCUUUGAGCGCAUAAUGCAAAGGUUUGGCAGGAAAGUAGUGUAUGUUGUAAUUGGGGACGGUGUGGAAGAGGAGCAGGCGGCCAAAAAGCACAACAUGCCUUUCUGGAGGAUAUCCAGUCACUCUGACCUGCUGGCGUUACACCAAGCACUGGAGUUUGAGUACCUGUAACCAUUAUAGCAAUAUGGACUCAUUGCGAUGUUACCAUGGACGUGGUCAGCCAGGCAGCCCCUUCUUUUAUAUAACUAUUUAAGAACAAAACACUUCAUUGCAACUGUUUGUGUUUUUUCGUCUGUUUUUUUUUUUUUUUUUUUUGGAAUGUCUGGAUUUACUCUUUACGGUCUUAAGAAUCAAAGAAGAGGUUGAAGGAGGUGAAGAAAAAAAAAAGGACAGUGGAGUUAAGAGAUAAAGCCCUGCUCAGCGGCCCUUUGUGGGAAGCAGCAGCCGUGCAGCUGGCAGACUGAAACCAGGACGUCCAGGUGGAACGUUUCUCACCCCGAGGUCCGGUUUGUGCUCCGAGCACCCAGAAGAACCGUCCUCUCUUAAAUCGUUUGAAGGCUUCUCUGUACAAACAUUAUGAAUCAUUGGGACGACUGGGUUUAUUUUGUUUUCCUUUUUCUAAGAAGUGUCUUCUUCCUGGUGGUAUAUUCACAACACAACAAUGCAGUCUGUGGUAGAAAUUUGUGUAAAUUAUUUACAAUAAACUUAAAAGAAAGUGGUGAAUGUUUUUUUUUUUUUUUUUUGUCAUGGAAGGGAAAUGAAAUUUUGGGGAUCUUUUUUCUCUGGAUUUUUGUAUUUUGGUUUCUUUCUUGGGGGGAGGGUUUGAAGAUGUGCGUCAU